UGCCCAGUUGCGUUCCCAAUCAUUCUACGACUAGGUAGUCCCGUGUCCAAGCUGUGCCACAAGGUUGGCGGCUGGUGUCAUCGGCGAAUAACGAUCACCGCUUCUUAAUUCCAAGUUUAUACUUUACUUAUCGUUUCUCCGUGCGGCCUGCCUAAAAGUUAAAAGUCAAAAGAAGGAAGGAGAGUAGUAGAGAAUUGUAAAAGAAAGAAGAGAGGAAGAAAACCGAGGGAGAAACAACGUAAACAGAUCACAAUAAUACAACAAGAACAACAAGACUGCAACAGUUUAAAUAUAAUCUCAUUGUUCGUCGGACUGUUUGUUUCGUUUUGUUUUUUUAUUGUUACAAACAUCGUUAGUGAAAAACGUUCAAUCGUUCGUCAAAGACGUGCUCCGCAGUUUCAAUCGCCGCACAAGUUUCGAACCAAACCGUUGAACUUUGACGCAAGACCAGCUGUUGUUAUAAACGUUCGCUGCACAUAUACCGGUUCGUUCGUUCGGUUUUUCGGUGGUUUUGUUCUACCUUUAGUCGCUUGUUCGUCCGGAUUACCCCGGAAACACUGCUCACGAAGGAGAAGAGAAGGAGAAGAGAACAACGAGGAGAAAAAGCAGGAGGGAAGUACUUGCAGAAUUCGUUCGGAGUGCGAUUCGAACUAGUCGUGAAAGACUCGGAAGGAGGAACGGUUCGAACUGCAACGGCGAGGGGUGUCCCGGGAGUUUUGAACGGAAGUUGAAAAAGAGUGGUGACAUGCGCGUGUAUGAGUGAAGCGUCGGCGGCAAUCGAGUAAACGAAAACAGUUGACAAACUAACCUAAUCUAACCUAACCUAACCUAACGCAACGCAACGCAACGUAAUGUAACCUGCCGACGAGAUAAAAGAGAAAAAAAAAGUUGAAAAAAGUCGAAGAGGAAAGAAUAAAGAGAAACGAAAACAAAAAAUAUUAAAAAAAAAAAUAAGCAAAAAGGAAGGAGAGGCAAAAAGAACCGCCAACUAAAUUCGGCGAUGGGCGGACGACUGCGGGAAUUCCGAGUGCUCGUUAGACGGCCGCAGACGCUGCACAGCGACGCCUAGAGACUAGAGAUAGAAAACAAGGAGAAGAAGAGAAUUUGUCGUAUCGCUUUUCGUUACUGGAGACGAGAGCGAGAGGAGAGACGGACGGCAAAAUAGCGAGAGGCGAAGAGCGGGAGACUUAAACGACUCAAUAGCUGCACGGGAGCGCGCCUGGCACCGAGGCGCAAGGACGCGGCAACGCCAGCAGGAGCGGAGAGCACAUUGCUUUUUUCCAUCUACGAGCAUCGCGCAAGGUGAACAGUCAGAACGAUGGUAGAUACGCAACACUUUUGCCUGCGAUGGAACAACUACCAGAGCAGCAUAACGUCAGCAUUUGAAAAUCUGCGAGACGAUGAAGACUUCGUCGACGUCACAUUGGCCUGCGACGGCAAGAGUCUCAAGGCGCAUCGCGUCGUACUCUCAGCCUGUAGCCCGUACUUCAGAGAGUUGCUCAAGAGUACGCCGUGCAAGCACCCGGUGAUAGUGCUUCAGGAUGUCGCUUUUAGCGACCUGCACGCCCUCGUCGAGUUCAUUUACCACGGCGAAGUUAACGUCCAUCAACGAUCGCUGAGCAGCUUUCUCAAGACUGCCGAGGUCCUCAGGGUAUCUGGUCUAACGCAGCAAGCCGAUCAGACCGAUAGGGAUGAGCUGUCACACGUCAGAGCGCUCGCAGCUGGUAACCAUCUUCCCACGCAUGAAAAAUUGCCAGAAGAGAAUUUUUUACGUGGAAAUUCUUCCCCGCCAUCAGCAGCAACGAUGCCGGUACCAACAAGUCUGCACCAACAAAUAUUUCAUAAAUCGCAGAUCCGCAAGAGCGAAAUUCAUCCCUACAACACGCAAAAUGAUAAAAUUAAAAGGGCCAGAUUGCCGUCGCCUCCUUUGAACAAUAAUGAUGCGAUACCGACAGACUUUUCUAUGAUAAAAAGCAACCACUUAUCGAGUAAAAUUGAGGGUAACGGAUUAAACGAAGACAGCAGUCAUGUAGAGGAGAAUAUCAAGUGCGAACCCCUUGAAUUGACGGGGGGCAACGGAGGUGGGAAUGGUGGCAAUCACGACGACUCCUCGAAUUCCGAGGCUGCGGCGUCUGAUCGACCGCCAGCGUCAGCGAGCAGCAACGAACACGACCCUGAACCCGAACAUCCACCGCCGAGCUACCUUCCAUCGGAGAGUAAACUUUUCACCACAACGCCUGGUACCUACAAUUUCACCAUGUCUGCGCUAACCACAGAUCAUUCGCCCUUAUCAGUAAAAUUUCCAGGCCUCGGACACGGGCUUCAAACAACGGACCUGGCUGGAACUUCACAAGGUACCGGCAACGGGAUGCAGACACCAACAACGCUUCCCUCUGCCGUGUACCGGAUGCCACCGCCGACCGCGGGUGGCAUAAACGAGCCUCAGGAGUGUCCCUAUUGCCGGCGCACAUUCUCAUGCUACUACUCUCUGAAACGCCACUUCCAGGACAAGCACGAACAGUCGGACACCCUCUACGUAUGCGAAUUCUGCAAUCGGCGUUACAGGACGAAGAACUCAUUGACGACCCACAAAAGCCUCCAGCAUCGGGGCUCAAGCGGCAUGCUCAAGAGGCUCCUCAAGACGUCGGCGAUAAAAAAUGUCCUCGCCCAACAUCCGCAGAUACCCCAACAGCCCCAAUGAAAAUUGUGGUACCAUCAUAAUUUCCCCACCUUCGACCAAUUGACUGGGAAUUAUGAACGUGCCGCUGGCGACAAGUCGCCGAGCUUAACUGCAUAUCAAAAGUAGCUUCUUUCUCUUCUUGUUGGUUUUUUUUUUUUUUUUUUUUGUUCUUUGUUUUCUUCAUUGUAACAUUUCUUUUCUCUUUUCGCGGUCACUCGUCGUUUCGAUAUACAUAAGUAUAUUUUUAUUCGCAUUACGUAUGAUGUACGUAUUAUUAUUAUUAUUAUUGUUAUCAUUAUUAAUAUCAUUAUUGUCAUUAUUAUUCUUAUUAUUAUUAAUACGUGUACACCUAUCCUAUAUCAGAUUGUACAUCUCGUUGGCAGGGGAUCUCAAACGAAGUUGCGUUUGUCGAUAAACUACAAUAUCGCGUAUGCCGAGUGAUCCAGAGCUUAUAUAUGUAUAUAACAUACAUGCACAACCGCGCAAACAUACACACAUCUCGUUAUUAGAGUAAAUGUAUUAUUAUAUCGUGACAGCGAAUAUCGCGAAGUGAGAAUGCCUAAAAACGUAAAAAAAGAAACUUACAAAAGAACAAUAUCGAUACACAGGUAAUUGUUGCUACAUAUCAAGGAGAAGAAUUGUGAAGAAAAACAAAUUAUUGUAUUUUAUGAUGUACGUUUACGACCGGUCAAUUGUCGAAACAUUCUUUCGACGAUCGAGACGGUCUUUCAGUUUUUGUUGUAAAUUUUUAGUCGAAUUUCAAGUCACACGACGAUUACUGUACACAUGUGCAUACGUAAUAUAUACGUAAAUAUACAUAGAAUGUAUUCUGGAUAUGUUGGGGUACAAAUUUUUGGUAUAAGGUUAUCAUACCUGUUGCAUUCUACAUACGUUGAGAGCCCGCUUCCCGAGAUUGGAUAGGUGUAUCCUCUUGUUUUCUUUUCUUUUUUUUUUUUUUUUUUUUUUUUUUUAUCUCCUUUAUUUUAUUGAAUUUUUUUCUCACCUUUUCUCUUUUUAUUUUAUUUUGAAUUCUUUUCGUCAAGACUGCGUAUAAUCCAAAGAAGAGGGAAAUAUCGACUGAGACAUUAUAUCAAAUUUAUUUUUUAAGUUUAAAAGGGGAAAAAACAAACAACCUGAAAAGCCAACUAAUUGGAAACAUUCCAUAUGUUAUACCUAUACUGUAACGAAUUAUUAUCAACAGUGAUAAGGCGUGAUUCGACGAGAUUUCGAAAAUUAUAUUUAGUCGGAGAAAAUGAAACAAAACAAAAAAAAAAAAAAAAAACGCAAAAGAAAUCUAACGAGAUGUAUUGUAUACGGUAGGGUCAAAUUAGUACGAUAUACAUGCAUACUAAAGAAGAGAAAAAUUAAUGACUGACAGAUGUAUAAAAGUAGAAAAAACAAAACAAAAAACACUCGCACACACCGAUAUUAUAUGGAUGUACAGCAGAUCGUAAGGGUGAAUAUACGCCGGAUGAUUAUUAUUAUUGUACCAUUGAAACUUCAUUCUUUUUGAAUUCAAGAACUUGGAACGGAUAAUUGUGGAAUCAGGAAUUGACUUAGAAGUCAAUUUUUUUUUUUUUUCUACUAAUACCAAAGUGUCUUCUACAUAAGAUUGUAGACAAUUCGCUGAUCACGUCGUACAAAGUUAUCAAAAAAUGUUUUGAAUCUUGACACAAUUUUCCGACUUCGUCAAUGUAUUUGGCGGGGGACGAAAACGAACAUCGAAACCUAAAGUUUAUUCUUGUCGUUAACUUUGAUCCGACAUGAAAUUUCAAAUCUCGAUUAUGAAAUGUAAAACUUUCCACGUCUUUGAAUUUAAAAAAUUUGAAGCUUCAUAUAGCCAUCGUAAUAAUGUCGAUCAGGCAAGAACAAUGUCUGUCAAAACACAGUUACGUAUAUCGAAGAUAAAGACAUGUCUGAGACGGAAAAAAAGCAAGUUCAGAAAGAAAUCCGAUACCCUGAAAUUGUUCCGGCGAUUGGCUUGGCAUUAAUUUUAUAUAUGAAGAGGAUAUCAUAAUCACAUCGAUACCUAUAAUCACGUAGUAACAAAAAUUAGCUGAAAAGACCAUAUAUACAUAUGUAACGAAUACGUAUCUACUAACGAAAGAAUCCACAAAGACAAAACAAAAGUAUAUAUAACUAUAUAUAUAUAUAUAUGACAUGCGCAAAGUUCGUCAAAUCAAAGUGCAUUUAAUACACAUUAAUGUGAAACAUGGUACAGAAAUGAAAAAAAAAAGAAAAAAAAACGAAAAGAAGCAUAAAUAUCCAUAGCUUUUUAUAUUUAACGAUAAGUUGAGUAUUUGUUGAAAAUGCUCUCCAAUGAUUAAUAUCGGCUACUCAUAAAAGUGAGAGUUCGUUGAGAAAACGAAAUGAUCAUUGGGAAUAAUAUAUUAUGGUAUGUGAGUUGAAAUGAACAAAAGGAGAAGGGGAACGGAGGAUAGUUGAGAACGAAGUGAAAAAAUGAAUAAUUAAAGAAACAAACAAAUGAAAAAAGGUUAUACGAAUUGGCUGGUAAAUAAUUAAUUGAAUAAUUAAACCAGCAAACGCAGGUAUUAUGAUAUACAAUAUGUGUAAACAAGAAAUAAAUCUAUAUAUAUAUAUAUAUCUCUCUAUAAAUAUAUAUACAUAUUUAUAGUUAAGUAAAGUGAAUUAGGGAUACAGUUAUUUUGUCUUAGGCCUAAAUAAAAAUUCAAUUACAAAAAAAAAAAAAAGAAGAAAAGAAGAGAAAAAAAUGAAGAAAAUAAAAUAACUUAAUAUGCUCAAAUUCAACAAAGUCUCACAAAUCGAAUACAAGAUGAAUAAAGUUAAAACGAGAAGAGAGAAAAAAAAAAGAAAAAAAAAUACAUAAUAAAGUUAAACGUUAUUAAAUUACGGGCUUAAGGUCUCUAAGUCCAUAAUCACGCGCGCAAAUUAACAGACUAUAUUUUUAACUCUUUAAAUAGUAAUAUUUUCAACUGUACAUAUUCAUACAAUAUUAUAUAAUUAACGACUCUUCUCUUAUUCAGGUUUUUAUAAGUAGUACACUAUACUUCGACGUAGAUAGGCGAACCGUAUAGGCUGGACAAUGGAUUUGUGUUCGUGUGCAAACCUUGGCAAAGUGCAAUAUUACGUGUUUAAGUAAUGAGAUAUCAAAAAUGAAACGGUAACGGGAGAAAACGAAUUUAUCCGAGAAGAAUAUUUGCUUUCCAAACAUAAAAUUGACGAACAUGUUAUACCUUCUCUCGACGUAAUAAAGUAUGUGGAUAUUCAAUUGAAUUCGAGAAACAGCGGGUUUCAACGGUUUUACGAAUUUUUUCGCGUUUUUUAAUUCAUUCGAGUGCAUUGAUUUUUCGUUGAAUUGUCUAUUUUGAACUUGUUAUUCAAGAUUUAUAUGAACCGCGAACAAUUCCAUUGACCGGCGUUGUAUAAAAUAACGGAUAUAUAUAAAUAUAUAUUAUAUAUAUAUAUAUCUAACAAAAGGUACAAUUUAAAAGAAUUAAAAUAUACAAGUUGUUCAUCGCAACAUAUUCAGGUCUGAAACUCAGUGUAAAAAAUACUUGGAAGAAAAACGAAAACGAGAAAAAAAAAAAAAAACAACUCACAGCAACACAAGAAAAAUUGAUGUUUUAUUAUGAUAUAAGCGUAAAAGAAAUGCCAUUAUAAACUAACACGCAAGUACAAAUUAUUGAAAAAUAACGUUUACGUCUAUCUUAGAUUGCGUAGUAAAACAAGUGAAAAAGAAAACAAAUGAGAAGAAAAUGGAAAAAAAAGAAAUUGAAUAAUUACAAUGUCUUCAAAUUUAGCAACAAUUGAGAAUAAAAGAUCAAGAGAGAGAAAGUAUGUGUGUGAGAGAGAGAGAGAGAGAGAGAGAGAGAGAGAAAAAGAGCGCGCGAAAAAAGAUUUUAAACAUAUCUUCUAAACAAUGUAUACAGUUAAAUUAUACGAUUUUAGGGUUAGAUAUAAUAUGUUUCUUAUUGAAGCUGCUCUCGGCUACCGUAUGAAAUUCAAUGUCGAAUGAAUUUUUAAAUGUCGUGUUGAAAAAAAAAAACAAAAGAAAAAAAAAUUGAGUGUGAAACCAAAUCUUUUAGUGGCCAUGGUUCGAGCAUAAUGUGGACAACGAUUAUUAUUAAUAUUAUUAUUAUUCUUAUAUGUAAACGAUCAAAACGUCAAAUUCGUCUCUCGUUAAAAUUAUUUAUUUUCGGACUAAUCUUAUGAUAUUAGUGAUCGGUAUCAUACGUGAGAUCUAUAGGAGGAAAAAAAAAGAAUAAUUCUUUGUUUUUGAAUGGUUUAUUUAUUAUAAUUAGUGAAAUUAAUGGAUUAAAAAAAAAAAAAAAAAGGAAGCUAGUCAUUUUUAAAUCUUUUCGAUACAUAGUUCUAUGAUUCUGUGAUAAAGGAGGCGAAAGAAAGGUAAAGAAAACGAACGAGAUAAAGGAGAAGAUUAAGUAAAUUAAUAUUGAAUGAAAUUAACUCGCGUUAACUCCACAUUAUGACAUAACCGUGCACACACCUCAAUAUCGAUGAGAAUUAUAAUUAAUUAUAUUAUUAAUUGAUAUGAAUAUUGGAAAAUUCUGUGAUGUUUUUCAGUUGGUAUACUAGAGGGGAUUAAAGAAAAAUGAAACAAAAGAAAAAAAAAAAAAACAUUUAAAAAGUACACUUAGAAUUACGGAAACGUAUACGGAAUUACGUCAAUGUUUA